AUGGAUAACAACACGGUGUUGCUUUCCGUCCUGGAGGACCUCAUCCAUUGGCCGCUUCCCCCGGCGGAGCCUCCUGUUCUGGACCCCACGACGUUUGGCGCGGUGGACCUCGACGCCGAUGCGGUGUGGCGCGAGGAGGCGCUGCUCACCGCGGGCGGCGCCGAGGACCUCGACGAGGAACCACGCGAGCGGCAACGGGCCCGCUACGAGGCCGUGCUCCGCCUGACCUCCCUUGCGCAGGCGUUGGGCGCCCAGUGGGCCAAGCUGGAAGUUGUCCCCUAUUUGCUGCGCUGCCUGGAGGAGGAGGAUGCGGAGCUGAGCUUUGCCGCCGGCAUGGCGCUCAUCGAGUUCGCAACCUCCUCGUUUAGUUUUCGGCCCCAGCAGCUGCUGGGGCCGGCGGCGGCGGCAGCGGCAGCGGCAGACACCCGCGCAGAGAAGCUAGACGUCGACCGCGGCCGGCCGCUCUCAACGGAGGACCUUCUGCCCGCGCUGGUGCGCAUGGGCGCCUGCAACGACGCCGGUGUCCGCCGCUUCCUUGCGGAGGUGGUGAUUCCGAUGGUGUUUUUUGGCGUCCCCCUCGAGCGCCACUUCGACCUCCGCGACUGGAAGCUUAAGUACCUCAACGCCGCCCCAGACGGGGCGGAGGUGGGCGAUGAGCCCAAGCUCAGCUUCGACGCCCGUGGUUGCGGUGGCGGCCACAAGAGCCACGGUGCGCGUGGGGGCAGCUGCGGCGGGUCAGAGCUGCGGCGCUCCAGCGGGAGUGGCGCAGGCGAAGGCCUCGGCAGCAGCCAUCGGGCGGAGCAGCAUGUCAGCAGUGGCACCACGGAAGUGUGGGACCCGUUUGAAAUCAACCUCUACGCAAACCGCAUGCGCAGCGCUGUUGCCACCUUCCUCCGCGACGUGGGCGCAGCCGAGGCGGGGGCGGAGGGGCCCAUGAUGGCCUCCAGCGGCAGCGCAAUAGCGGCGCACGACUACACCAAAAACCCGGCUCGCCGUGAAGCAUUUCACGCUCGCUGGGUUCUUUUUGUGGGCCUCAUGGAGUCCAUGCUAAGGUCCGAGUACGCCGCGACGGUGAGCUCCGCGGUGGAUUGCAUCAGCAACAUCUACUCCUGCAUUGCGUGGUUUGAGUGCAUGGAGCGGCGCCACGGCGGCCCGGCGCUGCGCACCCCAACCCUCCUACGCUCCACCGAAGAACUUGCGACGUUUCUGUUCAGCACGACGCGAACACACGUUGGUCGCUCCAUCUGCAGUGGGGCGGAGAGGCCACGUCAGGACUUGAUGAUGGUUCUCUCUGAGCACCGCCUAAUUCUCACAAGGAACCCGGCGGCCGCCUCCGGCGCUGCGGAGACGCACAGCUCCAUCGCACUGGGAUGCGGGGGAGUUGGCGCGGCGGAGAGUGAGGUGUGGGAUUUGUGCCUGGGCGGCCGUGCCCCGGUCAUGCACCGCGUAGUCCGCAUGAGCCUCCUGCGUUCGCUGCCGCAACUCAUCGACUGGACUCGCGGCGCGGAAAAAGGCCGGGGCACAGGCACAGGCGCCCCGGAGUGGAUGGAAGGGCUAAGUUUCUUUUCUGUCUGCGACGUUUUUGCGCAGGCCCUCGCCGCCCCCGCCGCAGUCCAUGGCGACAGCGACAGCGAGACGGAGCGUAACGACGAUCGCGAGGCAGAGCAGGCAGGGCGGCAGAUUACAAAGCGGCACGAGACGACCAAAGGGAAAGACGCUGAGGCCCCGAAUUGCAUGCCGCCGCUAGAGAGUGACGUGUGCCACGACUGCGGCGUCGCCGAGGCGGUGCUGGAUGGUGUGCAGCUCCUGCUGGACGAGCUGCUGCGCCCGCACACGAUAGAGGACUUCUUGCAAGGCAACGUGGGACGCACGCUGCCGGUGACGCUGACUGAAAAGAAGGAACGUUUGUUGCAUUUGUGCGGCCUAUACCGCGACUGCGUCGUCGGGUUGGCGGCUCUGCUGGCGUGGAAGACGCGGUGGCUGACGACGCACCGCCUGCCACAGCUCACAACGGCGCUGCUAGAAGUUGUGCGCCGCGUCGGCACGCACGACCCUAACGAGGGUCCCGCACUUGUGGAGCUCUGCACCGAGUUCUUGUUUCAGUUCCAUCUGGAGCAGUGGUCCUCCGCCCCCGAGGGCGACGGGGCUCUGAGGGGGCUCGUGCACGACGACGAGGAGGAGGUGCGCUGUAUCGUGUCGGUGGCUGCGGCGAGUGUGUUUCGGGCGCUGGGGCAAGGCAUGUUUUGCCUCGUGUUUCCCCGUGGCGUGGUCGUUGAUAUGCAGUCGCAUCGUCGCACGGACGCACAGGCGCGUGAGGGCGGUGCUGCGCGGCGCCUCCAUGCGGACCCCACCAAAUCGGAGACCGUGAGCUGGAAGGGGGCAAGAAGGGAGGUCCCCAAGCAUGGGGCGCUGCUUUCCGUCCAGAGCUUGCUGCGGUCACUUCCCACGCUCUUGGACGUCGUGCUGUCCUGCUGCGCGCACGUCAUGCGUGACCCGGAGGAGCGUGUGCGCUCGGGCGCCGCCGCCGGGGUCUCGGCGCUCGCGCGGACGCUGAGCGCGAUGGUGGCGGCCUGCGACCUGCACGUGGAGGACCUCGGCAAAGGCACCUGGCUGCGCUACCUGGACAGCACCACCGUGUCACUCAUGACGCUCCUCACCGAUCGCAGCCCGACGGUGCAGAUUGCGCUCGUGUCGGAGCUGGCGGCCCUGCUUGUGAGCAGCGCCGGAGAAACGGGGAGGCUUGCGGCGGCCAUCGGCGGCCGCAGAAACGAUGAGGCGGCGCAGGUGCGGAAGGAGGCCCUUGUUGCCUGCCUAAAGAGCCUUUCACGGCAUGAGGUUUGGCGCUAUCGCGAGCGCUACGCCGUGCUGCUGUCGGAGAUGUGCGUGAAGUUUCUGGCCCCCAACUCCCUGGCCGCGGUGGAGGCCGCCGCGCAGUCGCUGGGCGGGGCGCACAGCCUUGAGGAAGGCCUGCGCGAGAGCAGCGUCGCGGCGGGCCGCCCAAGCGGCGUGGUGGUCGCCGAAGACGGCGUCAACCCGCUUCACGGCUUCGCGAAGGACGAGCUUCUGCCGCUUCUGGUGGAUGUCCUCUUCGACAAGGUGAAGGCGGUGCGGGAUCAGGCGCUGGAGUCGCUGGAGAAGAUGUGCACCCAACUCUCCGCGGCGCGCUCGCAGCUGCAGGCGGCCGCGUCGAGCGGUGGCACAGGCGGCGUGGGAGGUGGAGGUCGCCUGAGUGCCGCCUGCGUGGGAGGCAGAAGCGGCAGCAGCAGCAGGAGCGGCGGCAGGCAGAACUCCCUCCACCACCCGCAGCCGCCGCCGCAAGGCGACGACGACGACGUCUUUGUCAACGACACCUUGUGGCCUCUCGUCGUGAGCUCCCCCAAGGCGAUGGCGACGUACCUCAGCCGCAGCUCGCUGCUUCGCAUCGCGGUGCGCCUCGGCGUCGACAAGGAGUCCAUUCUCCUCCCGCUCCUCGACCAGCUGGGCCACGAUGCGGUGCUGAACGUGCGGCUUGUCGUCGCAAAGGAGCUGUACGGCAUUCUGGCCGCCUCCGCCUCCGCCUCCGCCGCCGGCCUCGCCCCGCGCCCCGCCAAAGUCACCUUCACGGAGCAUGAGAAGAACGGGGUGGUGCUGCAGCUCCUGCGGCUGCUGGUGGAGGACAAAUCAGCCGACGUCCGCGAUGAGGCCGCCAAGGCCUUGAAAAUCUGUUUCUGA